ACAAGAGAAUUAAUUAGAAUAAAAUAUUCGGUUUCCCCAUGAGAUUAGGAUUAAAAAACCUAUAAAUACAUAUGCAGCCUGAGCCUUUAGUAAACACUAGCUACUGUGAUUUAGGGUUUCCAAAAUUCGCUGUAAUCUUUUCUCUUUCAAACGAUCGAGUCGAGACCCUACUUUUCUCUUUCAGACAAGAUGACGGCUCUGAAGGAACAGCGAUGCGAGCGAGAGCCUCCUGUUGACGAUGACGACUUUGGUGGACUCCCUUGCCCUCCGCUGGACGACCUUGAAGCUGUCUUCAUCCUUGAAACCAUGACUUGCGAUCCCUCCAACUUUUUCGACGACAUCAAACUUGACGAUGACGACUUUGGUGGACUUCCUUGCCCUCCGCUGGACGACCUUGAAGCUGUCUUCAUCCUUGAAACCAUGACUUGCGAUCCCUCCAACUUUUUCGACGACAUCAAACUUGACGAUGACGACUUUGGUGGACUUCCUUGCCCUCCGCUGGACGACCUUGAAGCUGUCUUCAUCCUUGAAACCAUGACUUGCGAUCCCUCCAACUUUUUCGACGACAUCAAACUUGACGAUGACGACUUUGGUGGACUUCCUUGCCCUCCGCUGGACGACCUUGAAGCUGUCUUCAUCCUUGAAACCAUGACUUGCGAUCCCUCCAACUUUUUCGACGACAUCAAACUUGACGAUGACGACUUUGGUGGACUUCCUUGCCCUCCGCUGGACGACCUUGAAGCUGUCUUCAUCCUUGAAACCAUGACUUGCGAUCCCUCCAACUUUUUCGACGACAUCAAACUUGACGAUGACGACUUUGGUGGACUUCCUUGCCCUCCGCUGGACGACCUUGAAGCUGUCUUCAUCCUUGAAACCGUGAUUUGCGAUCCCUCCAACUUUUUCGACGACAUCAAACUUGAUGAGCGCGACUUGGCAAUUCUGGAGAAACCCAAGAAACCAUCUCACGGCAAAGGCAAGGAUUUGGAGACCCUCCGCAUGAUGCUAAGCGCACCACCUCAAUCUUCUUGUCAACAAAACCCUCAGGGGCCCAAUCAAUCUGAUCCUCAUCGUCAUCGGCAAGAUUGGGAUGAUGAAGAGAAGUUGGAGACUCUCCACCAAGGCUGCCCAGAGUUUCAAAACAAACGAGAGAAUAUUCAAGUUAUCGACAUCAAGAACUUGCCUUUGCCGUCUAAGCCGGGACAAGGUCUGGUUUUCACAAAGAACAAGUUUCUGACUAGCUCCAGGCAGUACCGAGCCUUCUGAUUUCUCGGAGAACACGUUUCUUAUUUUCUAGUUUAUUCUUUAAUUGAUAUCAGAUGUAAUUACAUGGUUUUUGAACCGCAAAACGAUUACAAGUUCAUGGUUUUUUAGGAGAGC